AGGAUUCGCCGUGACAGCGCAUGCGGAUCCCAAAACCGAGCCCAUCGCUAGAAAUUUGUGUCGGAAAAGCGUGUGUUUGUGCCGCCGCGGCCUUUCCAACUAGACUGACGCUGAAGAUGACGUGGGGAUUUGUCACGUGUGGCCCCAACGAGGCUCUCGUCAUUUCAGGAUGUUGUUACGGCAAACCGUUAUUGAUACCGGGAGGGAGAGCGUUUGUAUGGCCGGCGAUUCAAAGGAUACAAAGAAUAUGCCUAAAUACUAUGACCUUAAUUGUGGACAGUCCGACGGUAUAUACAAGUCAGGGAGUUCCAAUUUCCGUCACAGGAAUUGCGCAGGUAAAAAUUCAAGGUCAGAACGAAGAAAUGUUGUUGGCGGCCUGCGAGCAGUUCCUAGGGAAAUCACAGAAUGAAAUCCAACACAUUGCCUUAGUUACAUUAGAAGGUCACCAGAGAGCCAUUAUGGGUUCCAUGACUGUCGAGGAAAUCUACAAAGAUCGUAAAAAAUUCAGCAAACAAGUAUUCGAAGUAGCUUCUUCCGAUUUAGUUAAUAUGGGAAUCACCGUAGUUUCGUACACUUUGAAAGACAUUAGAGAUGAAGAGUGGAUCUACAUGCCUAAAAAGCAAGUUGUGAACGAGGGGAACAAAUCCUCGCCACAACGUGUUGUUGUGAAGACGAUGACCAUACGAAAAAUCCGAACGGGCUACUUGAAAAGUCUCGGAAUGGCUCGUACCGCAGAAGUAAAACGCGACGCCCGAAUCGGCGAAGCCGAAGCCCGAUGCGACGCCACAAUCAAAGAAGCCAUCGCCGAGGAGCAAAGGAUGGCUUCGGUGUUCCUCAACGACACCGACAUCGCCAAAGCCAAGCGCGAUUUCGAGCUGAAGAAGGCAGCCUACGACGUCGAAGUCCAAACGAAGAACGCCGAAGCAGAAAUGGCGUACGAGCUGCAGGCGGCGAAGACGAAGCAGAGGAUCAAGGAGGAACAAAUGCAGAUCGUGGUGGUGGAGAGAACGCAACAGAUCGCAGUCCAGGAGCAGGAAAUACAAAGGCGGGAGAGGGAGUUGGAAGCGACCGUUCGUCAGCCAGCAACCGCUGAAAAAUACAGGUUAGAGAAAUUAGCGGAAGCCAAUCACAAUAGAGUUAUCUUGGAAGCUGAAGCUGAAGCGGAAGCCGUUAGAUUGAGAGGUGAAGCCGAAGCUUUUGCGAUUGAAGCCAAAGCGAAGGCGGAAGCCGAGCAGAUGGCAAAGAAGGCUGACGCAUGGAGGGAAUACAAGGAAGCUGCUAUGAUCGACAUGUUUUUGGAAGUACUGCCAAAAAUUGCGGCUGAAGUUGCUGCCCCGAUAUCACAAACUAAGAAAAUUACGAUGGUGUCGACUGGCACAGGGGAAGUCGGAGCUGCCAAACUUACAGGAGAAGUACUAGAAAUCGUCAACAAAGUCCCCCAACUCGUCAAAAAUUUAACCGGAGUGGAUAUCGCCAAAAACAUCCAUGCCGUAUAGGACAACGACGUCCGGGGCUUGAGGACCAAUUUUAACAUCUAGCAAACGCCUUCAAAAGAUUGACGAUGUUGUAGCUUAUGAAUCUGCAGUUGUUCCGAGAUUAUAAAUCAGGUCAAGCCUUAUAAACGUUUCAUAUGUGUAAAUGUAUAUUUUUUGUAUGCCAUGUAUGUGAUUUUAGUGUGUACAACUUUUACCUGCGUACAAGGAGAUUCUCGACAAUGACGUAUUCUUUGUAAUAAUAUAAUAAGAAGAAUAAUAAUAUUAUCACAUACAGUAAACGGCUUAUAUGAAGGUCAUGUUUUGGAAUCACUUGUAUGUAAUUAUUUCUAAAACAUUGUUAAACCUAUUAUAAUUCACGCAGUUUUCCGUGAAUCUAUUAGUUAUUAUAAUGAAAGUACCUUCUCUAAUGAUACUGUUCACGUGGUGUUCAUUCUGUUUGUAAAGCACAAGUUGUCCAGUAAUCAAGGCCGGGCUCGAUAAUUAUUUCCUGUAUGAUAUUUAUACUUAAUAUUGUAAAAAGUGGUUAAACGCAGUGGUAAUUUUAGAGUAUUGAUGUGGAAUCUUGAUUGUUGAUUUAUUAUUGUCACAACGCCAAAAGAUUAUGCGAAUCACUGUAAAGUUUUAGCUUAAACGAAUAAACGAUAUUUUAUUAUGAA